UUUUUGUUUCUUUAUAUCAUAGUUUGUCGCAGUUGUAUCGUGAAAUAUCUUCACAACUCAUUUCACUGCCCCGUUUGUGAUGUUGAAGUCCAUAAAACGAAGCCUUUGCUGCACAUUCGGUAAUUAGAAGUUUUGAAAUGUUUAUAAGUGAAGACUGAUUAUUGGGCUGCCCGUGAGGGUAACGCACAAUCAAGAAAUACCUUCCAUCUACAAAGACUAAAUGGCGAACGGAACUCUCAGAAAGCUCUGCAUGUCCCACUUCCCCGUCAAUGGGGCAGACUUUUGCGGUAUGGGACAGGUAAUUUCAGGUGGUCUGGCGAACAGACUUGGAAGUCGAUUUGGAACGAACACAGAAUUAUUGCGUGGGGUUAAUUGACCCUAUCUCUACACCGCAGUAUUCGAUGAGUUUAGCCUGCGUGAGGGCUGCAGAAACAAUGCCCUUCCGCGAUGAUUGUCUUAAUAAGCGUUGAAUGAGUAGAGGUGAAUAAGAAGCUACCACACCUUUUAACAGGUUCGUUAGCUCAAUUGUGUGCCAUUGAAGAUCUCGACGUGGCUGAAUGCUUAUUUAUACGUUGCAUGAUUGAUUGUCUUUUCUUUUUUUCCAUUUCUUAAACUCUUAGACCAGACAGAACUUUGCAAGAAAUUGUGUAUAAACUUGUGCCAGGCCUCUACCAAGGUAAAGUCUUAAACUAGAAAUACAUGUCUCGCAAAUCCCCAAGUUAAGUCUUAACGGAUGGGUGGCGUUAUGAACUAGUUUUAGCCUCGCUUCGUUAGAAAUACUGUAAGGACCUUGUUAGACACACAGCAGCGAAAUGAAAAUGUUUUCGGGUUCUUGUGUAGAUUAGGAUCAGCAGAAUCUGAACAAAAAAAUAGAAACAGAAGAAAUGCAAGGCUGGUCCGGGACUUUUAUACUUUUGUUGUCCAAGACUUCAAUUAGACAAAAUUAAUAUUUGUUGGCCGUUCAAUCAACAUUAAAUUUUGUUCUGUCUCUAUCAAUGCUCUAGUCGUUAUGUGUACCACAUUUCUAUGCAAAUAAGGCAAUGGCACGUAAUAUGUAGAUGUCUGAGAUAUUUUCAUAUACCUUUAUCGUUUUUGCCAUAAUAGCCUGCAUUCGAGGCUCAUGAUAGACAAUCUCCGUGCAAUCAAAAAGGUUGGCGAAGAACGUGACCUGUAUAGUGUGUUAAUUCAGGAAUGUCUUAAAAGGUUUGUAAGUUCAUUUUUGGUCAAAUGCUAUAAAAUCGUGGUCGGCUCUUAUAGGCUGGAUGCCCUGAAAACGUUCUAACAUACCUUGCAGCAAUCGAGUUUGGACCCAUACCACGGCAAUAAUCAUUUAGGAAGUACUAAGACUUAUGCUACAGAGUCCCUGGCUUAAUAGGGACCUUAAGCAACGAGAACGUUCACGUCCCGGAUGUCAAAAUUGAAACCGGAAGUUGAUAUUUUCUCUCUUUCUGUGCUCUCACUGAACAAAUUUGUACAGCGGAAGUUAAAACAAAGGCAUUCAGAUCCGCUGUGUAUGACAACAGUGUUCCAUCAAGCAAGACAUCGAACUUCCGCUUGCUAUUCAUGACGUCCGGGACGUCAGCGUUCUCGUUGCUUAAGCUUACUAAUUUAUAGGUGUUGGGAGAAGAACUUUUCGCUCUUGAAACACAGAGAGGCGUCUUAAAUAAUCAUUGAGGAAUUCACUUUUUCUUAACAUACGUAGGCGAAUUGAAGCUUCGAGAGAACUUCGAAGAAAAACAAAGGCAAGAAAAUAUCUCAGAAGGUAAGGUGAAAGAAGUCCAUUUUGUGAGGGCGUGCCAAUAUUAUGCUAAGGAUCAAUUAAUGUAUAAUCGCUUGGAAAUGUGACUUAAAUAUAUGUAACUACAAUACAAUACAAUAUUCUUUAUUUAACGAAGGUGACGUAAUAACCCAAUAGUUAUCUAACUUACGGCUUUCACAACAAUACAAAAUACACAUAUAAAAACAAUGCCUAAUCAAUAAUAUACGACUACAACAAGAGAAAAAAAUAGAACUAGACAAACGUAUGGUCUAACAUAGAUAUAAGAUGAUAUAAACUAAUUACCUUCUAAUACAGUUACAAUGAAUUGAAGAGAAAAACGACAAUCAUAACACAUUAAUUGUUCAAGAUGAGAAACGUUACUAGCAAACUUAAGGAAUAAGAUAAAGAGUUUAUGCUUAAAAUUAUUUAAUCUAGAUGAAAAAAUAAUAGAAUAGGUUAACAACAGUGGCUGGCUAUUGUGUGCUGAAAUUCAAAAGCUAAGCAAAGCAACUAAAAGCAAUUUUCAGAUUUGAUUAACCCCCAAUAUCUUGAGUCACUUGUGCUUGAUAAAGAUUAAGCGCUUCGAGUGUGUUAAUCGAAUGACAGGAGGCUGCUCUACCAUCGUCGCGUUACCUUAAUUUCGUUGUACAAUCAACCGUAAUUUUGUUCGAGUAAGAAAAGGAAAGCGUUCAUGUUUGUGAGGGCUACUCAUCCAAACUGGUUGCCAUUAGCUAGAUACCUAACACCCUAGCUGGAGCUAAAAACGACCUGUAUGUGAUGCAACCCACUCCGUCACCUUAGUGGUCCCCACAGGAGCGGGAUUAUGGCCCCUUAUUUUUGUUAACUGUCCUUAAUUCUCAAAAUAAUCGUUUAAACUGUUGCAAGUGGGAAAAUCGGCUUACCUUGUUCUUUUACUUAUUUACUAGUUACAGAGUACCCACCCUAUGAUCAUCUGAAAUAUUUUAUAUUUUCAGAGGAAAUUUCUACCGAGAAUGAAACGAAGAACAAACAGCAUAUUGAAAUGAAAGAUCCAGUUUGUAUAACACUGGAAUAUUACAGGUAUGGACAUAUAGAAUUUCUGUAGGAGGCAUUACAACGCCAAAGUUUGACCUUGUUUAAAUGUGACUGAGUUUAAUCAUACUUUAAUCAUUUUUUACUCAAUAGACGAAAGAGGAACUGGAUGGAAAAGCAGGUAAGGAAAUGAAUUAGUGUUUGUCAUUCUCACCCUCAUUCUCAUCAUCAUUAUUACUAUUGCUAUUACUAUUAUUAUUAUUAUUAUUAUUAUUAUUAUUAUUAUCAUUAUUCAACUUCUUGAUUUUGGAAGCUCUUUCACGAACUUCGAAAAAUACCAUUUUCUCUUUCCUUUUUUCAGAUAUUUCCCACUCUUUAUCUUCGAUGUCCUUCUGCAAUGACUGUCAAUGUGCUCAAGAAAUUCCUGGUUAUGAAAUUCGCUAUUCCUAGCACACACCAGGUAAUCCGCCAAUUUGGUGCUUUAUUCAAGUCGUAGAUUAAUGGAAAAGAAAUAUUACACAGACCAUGCUGGAAAUGUUAAUAAAUGAAAAUAUAAUGUUUUAAUUAGGUCUUUUGAUUUCCUUAGGUGGAAAUCAUCCGCUGCGAUGAAAUACUGCACGGUCAUCUUACUAUGACAGAAGUUUCUCGGAUAUAUGGACUCUAUGCUAAGGUGAAAAUGCAUAUAUAUAACACAAGCUUGCAUUUAUCGAUGUUGUGUCACCAUGUUGAUUUGUAAAUAAGCGAUCUGUAGCUGGUCAUUUUGUUUUACCCUAAGAAAAUGCAACCAUAAACAGUUUUCCAAAAGAGUGAUCGAAUCUUCUCAAAAUCUCCACAUUUUGUCAGCCGUCCCAGAACCCAUCGAAAUUCUUCUUUCCAAAACUUGUGUCACCUUAUCGCGUAUUUUUAGAGCCGUCACAGUUUUUUUAUUUUUGAUAUUUUCCAAUCGCCCAGACCGCAAAACAACCUUUUUCGUUCUCGAAAACUUAGUACAGGGUGUAAGUCAAGCUUUCCGUAAAACGUGUUAGCGUAUUGAGUUCCUUAAUGAAUUAGAAGGAAACCAAAGGAUACAGAAACGUUUAAGUCCUCUAGCUUAUUUAUAUUUUGUUCACAGUCUUUUCUGGAUCUUGAAUACGCCAUCCUUGAAGUCGGAGUAGACGAGACUACAAUUGUUGAGAACAAAAACAUUUACAAAUUUUCGCACGGAAAGAUCCAUCCCAGAAAAAAGAAGAAACGAAAAAGGGAAGCGAACUGUGUCGAAACAAAGAUACAGCAAUCAACUACUGCGGAAUCUUUUCAACCACCUUGUAAAAUUGCAAGCUUUGCAGAAUGUCACAACAGUGCUGAGCCCAUGUUACAAAGUGACAUUUUACCAACAUUUCCAGACACUCCACCAAGUUUUGACCUUAUACCACAUGCAAAACCGAUUGAAUACCGUGCGUGA